AUGCAUAAUUACAACGUCGAUCACAAAUACAAGUUCUAGACACGCAUUGGUAAUUGGUUUGAAGAGUGGGAGUUAGAUGAGACCAAGUGAGAAUUUGUUCAUGAAUUUAUUAGGAAAAAAGACUAUUUGAAAAAUAGAUAAAAUGGGUAACUGGCAAGCAUAGUCAAGGAUUAAAAAACUAAUUUCAGUCUUAGAUUGGCAUCACUUACCUUUCCAAAAGAUGAAUACAUUCAUUUCGGAUUCCAUAUUAUGCUUCAAAACCUUAAAACAUAAGGCUUCUUAUCCAUAGACAUUUAAGAAAAAUUGAAAAUAGCUGAGGAAGCAUAUAAUGUUACCACAGCACCAGCAACAUAACCAACAGUAAGAUCUGUAUUUGUAGUUGUACCUUAUACCAAAGAACCCAAUUUCUUUGGUGAUGAUGUUUUACAUUAUGGAUAACAUUUUAGAAUUCUUGCAAACCCAAGAAUUUCUAAUAAUAAAACAUUCUAUCUCCAUUCACUUCCUUAGACACCAACUAGAUGUGCGAAGAUAUCUAGAAAAUAAGAAGUUUGUGCCAUAGAAAGUGAUGUUUUUAAUACUGUAUGGAAAUUAGAACAUUCAGAUCCAAAAAUUAGAUUUGAGAUGGAAGGAUUACCUAUUAGAAUUGAUGAUGUUGUUCUUGUUAAACAUUCAUUUACAUAACAUUGGUUAGCAAGUGAUGAUAUUGUAUACUAAAACGAUUUUGGGAGAGAACGUGAAGUUUUUGUUCAUUCUUAUUAAUGUUUGAAUAAAACAUAGAAUUUGAUAGCAGAAAAAGAAGGUAGAACAACAAUUGAUAUUCCAUUAAGAAAUUAAGAGUAUAAAAUAUAAAUAUUUAUAGACCUUAGAAUUUAUGGAAAUUUAUUGUAGCAACUAAAUAAAAUGAAUAAUUUGAUGAAUCAGUUAUGGAUGAUAAUAGAAAUGUUAAAAAUCUAAUGAUUAGAGUUAAAUAAUAAAUUACUGGUAAAGGUUCUUAUGGAUUGAGAGGAUUGGCUAAAAUCUUUUUCGAAAUGGAUUAAAAUAACAGUAAAUUAUUUUACUUAUUAAAAUAGAUGGAGUAGUUGAAUAUGAUGACUUUAAAUGGGGACUUAGAAAUUUUGGACUAAAUCUAUCUGAAGAUGAAACUAAAAUGAUAUUUUAAACUUUUGAUAAAAAUAAUAAUGGGAAAAUUGAAUUUAAUGAAUUCUUGGAUGCUUUUAGAGUAAAAUAAUUCAAUCAAUAAUUAGUUACAAAUGAGUGAUAAAAGACUUUAUUUUGUUUAAAGAGCCUAUGCAUCUAUUGAAUAAAAAGCAGGCAAAGUUACUUUGGAUACAAUGGGUAGAACUAUCAAUGUUAAAGAACAUCCUGAUGUACUCAAGGGAUACAAAACAGAAAGACAAGUAUUUUAAGAAUUUGUAUCACAUUGGAAUAAGGGUUAACCAGACAAAGUCAUUUCAUUCUAAGAGUUUGGUGAAUUUUAUUAGGUAAAAUACAUAAUAUAUAUAUAAUAGGAUGUAUCAUCAGCAAUAUAAUAAGAUGAGACUUUUGAAGCAAUUUUAAAGAAAUCAUGGAAUUUAUGAU